AUGAACGUCAACUUGGGCAAGGGUGGCGCCGACUACGGGCGCUUCCUGGGGGAGCUGUAUGACCUUGGGGCUAUCGAGGUGUGCGAGUCGCCGCAGGAGGUCUACGGGCUCUUCUUCGUUCCCCGCAAGGAUGGGCGUCUACGUCUCAUUUGGGGCACGAGGCGCUCCAACGCACACUUCGAGGUGCCGCCCUUCACCGCCUUGCCGUCUGGUGAGGCUCUGGCUGCUCUUGAGAUUGACGAGUCGAACGCUGGGCAGAGGAUAGUGGCACCUAGCGCGGAUGUGGAGGUUUGCUUCUACCAGUACGAGCUGCCGUCUAACCUCCGCCCGUUCUUCGCUCUUAAGUCUGUUGACCUUCGGUUUCUGCCUCGGCGCGUGCGCGACCAGGUCAGCCAGCAGCCCACCAACGGCCACAUUCAAUUUCAAUCUCGCGUUGUGCCCAUGGGAUGGGCCUGGGCCGCGCACCUCGUGCAGCAGGCGCACAUGUCGUUGCUGAAGGAUGUGAGGCCGCUCGACUCCUGGGUGCUGGACAAGGCGCCGACGGAGCCGAUCAGCGCUCCGCACUUGGCUAAGAUACUCUACAUCGACAACUUUGCGUCCAUCGGUCCUACACGGGCUCGGCCAGACGCGGCCACUGCUGAAAUGAUCACGCCGUUAGCGGAUGCUGGGGUCAAAGCUGACAUGGACCCGAACUCUGGGACGUUUGGGGUGCACGACCUUCUUGGCUUCUCGUCGGUCGAGCACCGUGCCACUUGGGCCCUCAGCGCUCGCAAGUUUUGGAAGAUCAAGGGGGCGCUGGACUACGUGGUCUCGUCCAGCCAGGGCUUCGCCGGCGCGGAGAUGGAGCGGCUGCUGGGGCACUUGGUCAGCUGCUUCCUGCUCCGCCGCGAGAUGCUCUCGCUCUUGUACGCGUCGUGCACCUUCGCCCAGGAGACCGAGCUGCGCCGGGUGCCCCUCUGGCCGUCGGUCCGCAAGGAGCUCCGGUGGUGCCGCGCGUUGCUGCCGCUGGUGACCGCGGACAUGUCACGGCCUUGGUUUCCUUUGAUCACCUCCUAUGAUGCGAGUCCCUGGGGAUAUGGUGUUUGCGAAACGUCGGUCUCGGCAUCACAGUCUGGGCAGAUCGGGCGGCUGAACGAUAGAUGGAGGUGGAAGGGGUUGGUGGCUACCAAUCGUCGGCCUCGGGACGACCUCACGGAUCUAGACGAUGUCGACGGCGACUCCAAGAUCCCACGAUAUCGGGGCACGAUCCUCUCGGCUGGUGCAGUUUCGGGCUUUACCGAGGUUGAUCCUGGACUUCUGAGAGACGCCGCCUGGGUCACGGUCGCAGCCAGGCCUUCGUCCGGGGCGCUGGUGGCCGCUGGGGAUCCUGCGGGGUCAAGCGCUGCCACCCAGCCGCAGAGCGAUGCGCCGCGCGCCUGGCCGCGCGCGUCCGCCUCGGCGCGCCGCCCGGGCUCGGGCCCCCGAGAGCAACGGUAUCACGUGGAAUUGCAGCGCCUUCUACAUCGUCUGGUGCCUCGUCUUACUGGCUUGCAGGCCAACCGCAUUCGCGAGGCCACGCAGCUGGCCUACCUGGGCAUCCUCGAGCAGCUGGUCUUCUUCAUGCAGUGCCGAGAGCUCCCGCGCUUCUCGGCCAAGGUGUGGGACGUCACCCUGGUCGACUUCAUCGAGAGCCGCCACGACGAUGGGGCACUCAAGGGAGGCGACCGUCAAGCCGCCUACGCCGUCGCCGCGAAGCUGCUGGACUAUGAGCAAGAGAGGGCGGCACUGUGGUGCUUGGUCAUGUUCGAGACCUACUGCCGCGUCGGGGAGCUGCUCGCGUUGCGAAUGUUCCAGAUCGCGCCGCCCGACCGCCACUCGGCUGGGGCGGCAGGCUGCCCCACCAUUGUUCUCAAUGCCUCGGAGCUCCAGGCCCCCUCCAAGACAGGGGAGAUGGACAGCAGCAUCGCCUUCGAUCUGCCGGAGCACCGCUGGGUGGGGAUGCUGCUGGUGCUGCUCAAGGAGGCCUUCGCUUCGCAGCCCAUGGAGCACGUGGUCAAUGUCUCGUACACUGUCUUCCUCUCGCUGCUCGACCGAGCGGCUCAGGAUCUGGGCAUCCAGGCCCUGCAGCCUACGCCGCACUGCUUCAGGCACG